CAACUGUUUGGCAUAAAGGAAAGCCUGCCACAAUCAAAUGGAAGAUACUCGAAAAAGCCGAUGUGACUUCGACCACGAUUGAGCUCUUACGCGGUGAUCCUGAAAACCUCGAUCACAUUAUGGUGAUUUCCAAUAAAGUGAACCCGAACUCUCUUGCUCAUACUUGGACCGUGAAAAAUGAUUUACCGGCUGGAAAAGAUUAUGUUAUUCAGAUCGGUGAAGAGAAUCAUAAGAUUCGAUAUAGUCAUAAAUUUGAAAUCGCCAAUUAG